CCUCAGUUCAGUAUCAGUAGUGAACCAGUCAAGUGGCAGAUCCAGUCUCGCUUCUCAGUUUACUGUGUCAACAACUUCAUAUCAUCCGACCCUCUGAAGCGACCAUUUUCCCAAUGGUAAGAAGGUGAUGGUGAGACAGGAUGAAAAAAACUCCUUGAGGCUGUAACAUGAGAAAUUAAUGAGAUCAUCUUUCAAACCUUUUCUAAAUAUUGAAUGGUUUGAUUCCAACUUCAGGGACCGGAAAAGGUGAGAGAUGGAGGUUGAACCCCCUGAUGUGUGUACUGAGUAUUUCAGGGAAAUUGUAUUAAGUGAAAUCCCUAAAGUGCUUGAAACACUCAAUAGAGAUUGGCCAAAGCACUUUGUGCUUCAUCAACUUCUUCGGGUUUUUAUGGAAUACCAGAAAAAGAAAACCAAGUUCAAGAACUCCUUAUACCUCUAUGGAACCUUGCAUGAUGGAGUGUUCUUGAAUAUCACAAAAAUGGAGCUUGGGGAUAAGGAAGCAAUAAAGAUUUAUGUUGAUGCAACCGCAAGAGAUACAAGCAUGGUGACAAAGGCUCUGUCAGAAACUGAUAUUAUUCCAUGGGAGAAGACUUUUACCUUCACCCAUAUACACUCAGACUACUCCACCAUCAUUCAGGGUGUGUUGGCGUCUCACAAAGCUAACAGCUUCGAUGUAUCUCCCAACAACAUGUUCUGGUUUCCAUCUGGAAAAACAAUCAGAAUGUCAGAGUUGCCCCAAGACACAAUUUGUGAUUUCCUGGAUGGAUCUCAUGCUGAUGAAAUGAAUAAAAACUGGCCACAUCGAAGUCCACGAUCUGAGUUGGUUCUCAAAGAGAAUAUAGAAAAAAACUUUGGAUUGGGAAUAUUCCGUAUCUCUGAUCGCCUACUGAUAUCUUCAGCUCUGUGCAACUACGCGGGAGGGAUCUUUGUGUUAUACACAAAUCCUGAAUUCCGAGGCAGGUCGUAUGCUUCAAAGCUGGUACAACGAAUGGUCCUGGAGAUCCGGAAACGAGGAUGGAUUCCUUUCUGCACAGUCAUCCUCGGUAACAAGAGAUCCGAGGCUGUCUUUCGCAAUGUUGGUUUCGAAAAGUUUUCCUUCGCUGACUACCUCAUCGCUCGAUAAUCUCCAAAUCGUCAUGACAACAUUAGAACUAUUACAGAGCAGUUUUUGUGUAGGUUAAGAAAGUUUUGAGUAACAAAACUUCAGUUUUUUAUGUAAAACACACUACUCCAAAUAUUUAUUAUUCGUGUUUAGUAUGUGUUUUGUUUAGUAUGUUCCUAGUUCCUAUUUAUUUUAUGCACCUUGAAUUUUGUAAUGUUAAUAAAUCUGUUAUAAGGUCAACAGAUGGAAAUUAACUCUUGUAGUUUUGUCAUCCAUGUAAAAAGCAAUGGAAUAAUCUUAGUCACUGACUAAAAAACAAAUAACUAAUUUUUUAAUCAUAAACAGUGUUUUUACUUCAUUACUUCCAGUUUCACAGUUACACAGACUCAAGAUAUGUUUUUAUUGUUCACUUUUUAUUUUUUUCAAGGUAGUUUCACUUGACCAAAUUAAGUUACAUUCGACCUUUAUUGUUAUACUUUAAUGACCAAACAAAUUAUAUCCGCGCAAGCAGUGUAGGAGUUAAUGUGUGGUUAAUUACCUGUAACUUAAGUUUAGGUCACAAUAAUGGUUUUAAAUUUUUGCAAAGUCCUAUUGAUUAUGGGAGAAUGAAUUGUCACUCAUUGAAAAAAUUGGCAGAUUUAGUUUGAAGUCAAGUUAAUUUCACAAGUAGUUGUUGAAUUCAAGACAAGAUCUGCUGUUGUUGUAUCCAUUAGGACAAGACUCACUUGGGAGGAUCGAGUUUUGGCGUGUCGGUACCUCAGUGAGUAGUGUGACGUACUUCACACUUUAAACUUGCAGAUUAAAUAGCCCUUAUUUUAAAAGUUCUGUUCUAUCUUUGUCCCCCUUUUUUUGUCUUAGGACGCUAGCCACGAGCCUGGAAUUGUUUUUCACAUUACUUCAGGCUAGUAGGGGUUUCAGCAUUAUCACUUAGAUCAAAUUCAUUGGUGAUUUGGCGGGAUUUGAACCCGGGACUUCUUGGACCAAAGUUUUGCGCUCUAACCACUAGACCGCGCUCCCCGGAUUUUUGUCCCCUUAGAAUAUUAGCUAUGCAAAUUAUCUUGAAACAUAUUUUUCUGUGCAGGGAACAUUUUU